AUGUCAGAGAACAAAGGGGUGGCAGGCGUAGGUCAGCCCAUCGUCACCACGGAUUCUGCAGAUGUCAUCAGUGUGGUGGUGAAGACGCUGAAGCAGAAGGAGCACUUUGAGGUUGCUCAGAGCAGCACCGUCCAGCAGUUCAAGGAAGACAUCGCCAUGCGUUUCCAAACUCCCCCUGAUCUGCUGGUGCUGAUAUUUGCUGGGAAGAUCCUCAAAGACCACGACACCCUGAGCCAGCACCGAGUUCACAACGGGGCCAACAUCCACCUCGUCAUCAGAUCCCCAAAGAGACCGCAGGACAGCCUGGCAGACCAAGGAGCUGCAGCUGCCCUCAUGCAGCCUCCCAGCCACAGCGGUCCUGGUUUGUUCCUGGAGAGCUUGGCUGAUCUGCAGGGCCUGAUCUUGAUCCCUCAGAACGUGCCAGGGCUGUUGAACUCCAGCCAGGAAAUAGUGGCCCAGACCACGGAAGACCUCUUGUUGAGGAUGAUCAACUCGGAGCUGGACCUGCACACCAUCAACAACAACAUGUUCUUGCUGGGCUUCCUCCUGGGGGUGACGGGCACCAACAUCCUAGGGUUGGACUCAGCAGAUGUGUCGGGGCUGGUGAACGGCAUCCAAGGCUCCGAAGUGUCCUUGGACAGCUUGCUGAGCGAGGUGGCACAGAGCGCCUUCAGGCAGAGCAUCCUCUCCAAUCCCAACCUGCUCAGUGAUAUCGUCACAUCCAACCCCCAGAUGCAGCAGCUGGCUGAGCAAAACCCCGAGAUCAGCCGCAUGCUCACCAGCUCCCACACAGUCCAGGACAUCCUGGAGGCCUACAGCAGCCCGGCUGUGAUGCAGGAGAUGAUUCGGAACCACGACCUGGCCAUGAACAACCUUGAAAGCAUCCCUGGGGGGUACAGCAUUCUGGAGCAGCUGUACAGAGAAAUCGAGGAGCCCAUCCUGGACGCGGUGCAGACACAGAUGGAGGACAACGUGUUUGCUGGCCUGGACAGUAACCCAUCCCCAGGAGGAGCCAGGCUGCCCGCCUGCACCGAGAACCGGCGGCCGCUGCCCAACCCCUGGGAUCCGCAGCCCAACAGGGGCAGCAAUAAUGUCUUUGAAUGGGACGAGCACGUGGCCAGCAGCGGUGAUAGUCUUAUUGAGGUGAACCUUGGGCAUGCAGUAAAUGUGGUGGGGCCCAGCCUGGGAGGGGUGCAGAGCGUAGUGCAGCAGCUGGCAGGGAACUUGGAGCUCAUGCAUGAGCUGGAAAGCGCGAUAACAAACCCCGACAGCCCUGUGCAAAUGCUGCUUCAUGGUGAUCACACAUCGAGUGAUGGAAACUCCCUGCCUGAAGACCAAAACACGCAGCAGCUGCCGCUGGACAUGGAGAGCGCGGGGAUCUCAGUGCUGCUGAGGAACCCCCGGGCGCUGCAGGCGCUGCUGCAGGUCCAGCUGGGGCUCAACACCCUCCAUGCAGAGGUGCCCGACUUCAUUCUCAGCCUGGGCGAGGUGCCCGUGGAGCUGGAGGAAAUGGACAGCUCAUCACAAAGCAGCAGGGUGGAGGAUGUGAGCCUGGUGUCAGAGCACAGUGAGGAAGAAGAGCAGGAAGAGAUGGAUGAGCAGCAGCCAUAG